GUAAACAUCGUUCUCUGUCAUCAUGCCACCAAAAGCAAGCGGUAAAGCUGUCAAAAAAGCCGGCAAGGCUCAAAAAAACAUCACCAAGACUGACAAGUCCAAGAGGAGAAAGAAGAGGAAGGAAUCUUACGCAAUUUACAUCUACAAGGUGUUGAAGCAAGUUCAUCCUGAUACUGGUGUCUCAUCAAAAGCCAUGAGUAUCAUGAACAGCUUCGUCAACGACAUCUUUGAGCGUAUUGCAGCUGAAGCAUCCCGUUUGGCUCACUACAACAAGAGAUCCACCAUCACCUCACGGGAAAUUCAAACAGCUGUUCGUCUUCUUCUUCCUGGUGAACUUGCCAAGCAUGCUGUCAGUGAAGGUACCAAAGCCGUCACCAAGUACACCAGCUCCAAGUAAA